AUGUCUUCGUCUUCAUCUUCCCUUGAAGCAGGGCCUUCUACACCUUCAAAACCCAUGACAUUCGCCGACUUCAAUUCCGAGUCGGAAUCGCCCAUCAAAACUCCAUCGUCUGUCAAAGUGAGCAAAAAACAGACUGUCGAUCAACUCAAGGAUGGAUUGAGGGAAUUGGGUUUGGAUACUAAAGGGAAGAAAGAGACUUUAUGGCGCCGACUGGUCAACGCAAUUCAUAAAGCUUCAUUACGAGAUCCCCUUACCGACGAUUCAGAUGACGAAGAAUGCCUUACACCUGAUUCGGAUAAUCCAAUUAAUAUAAGGAUUCUUAAACAGACGUAUAAGAGUUUCCUAUGUUUCGAUGUGGAAGCUACUUGUAGACCCGGUAAGGAAUUCGAUUGGCCUAAUGAGAUCAUUGAGUUUCCAGUAGUUCUUCUCCAAUGGACAGACCCAGACCCAACGAGUAAAAUGGUACUUCAUAAAGUGGAUCAUUUCAGAUCAUAUGUCAGACCUACUUGGAGUCCGAUCUUGACGGAUUUCUGUAAAGAUCUGACUGGGAUCACACAAGAGACGGUGAAUAAGUCGCCGACUUUCCCUCAGAUGCUCAAGAAAUUCGAGAAGUGGCUAGACAGGUGGAAUCUUAGGGAUGAUAAAGGGUUGAAAGAUGCUUUGUGGGUAACGGACGGUCCUUGGGAUCUACGCGACUUUGUACCCAAGCAACUCCACAUAACACCCCCUAACCCUUUCCCGAACUACUUCCAUGGCCCAUACCUCAAUCUCAAAUUUGCCGUUCAAUCUGUCCUUUCAGAACUCCACCGCCGGUCAUCGUAUGCUGCUGAACACCCCAAUGAUCCGCCAAACAAACGCGCAUUGAGCGUCAUCACCACCUCCAAAGUAAGCCAACUGGAGAAGAAGAAUGGGAAAGCAAAAGAUUACGGGAGAGGGAAGGGAUUCUACUUCAAUAUACCUGGGAUGUUGGAGGUCAUGGGUCUGGGAGGGUUUGAAGGUAGACAACAUUCUGGCUUAGAUGACGCCACCAACAUUGCCCGUGUAUUGAUCGCUCUUUCAGAAAAAGACGUGAUAUUCGAACCGAACGGAGUCCUUCAUCCACCAGGUAAAGGGAGGAGAUAUCCCUGGAUGGGUGAGAGGGCCGAAGUCAACUGGGAAGAUUGGAUGAGUACAAAUAAACCUUUGGAGAAACCCACUAGCGGUGGAAUCCAGGAGGCUAAAGAAGCUUUAAAUGGGUUUGGAAAGGGGAACGGGAACAAGGUGGAGAAGACGGAUAUACUUGAGGUCGAUAAGGAUCAAGUGGAAAUCAAAGAUGAAGAAAUGGCGGAUAAGUUGCAAUCGUUGAUGUUGGAUCCUACACUCGUCAAAGAAGAUGAUGGAACUACGAUCGCAACUACGACCAUUGUUAGCGACAAGUCCAAUGCGAAGCUUUGA